GAGGGAGGGAGGGGAAGAGCACACACACACACACACACACACAGAGAAACGCGCGCGCGCUCGUCCGAGUGAGCUGCUCCGGAGUGAACGGUGCAGCUCUGCCGAGAGUCGGACGCAGAGAGGCUUCACUCGACACCGCGGUCAUGUUUCUUCUCUAACAGUCCUGAGGCUGGUGUUGUGUGCGGGAGCGUGCGGGAUGGAGAAGUGCGGUGCGGCUCGCUGUGGCAGCGCGGGGAAGCGCAGUGUGUCUGUGGAGCGCGGACGGAGAGCAGCGGCGGUGGCGGCGGCGAGCGGAGCGCCAGCGCGGCCCGGAGCUCCAGCCAGCCAGAGCUGCAGCGGGAAAGCAGAGCAAAACCCCCGCCGAGGACUGGAGGGAGUCCUCAACAAAUACACCAACCUACUGCAAGGGUGGCAGCACAGGUAUUUUGUUCUGGACCCUGAGCUUGGUCAACUGCAGUACUUUCUAAACGAACAAAGUAAGACCCAGAAACCACGUGGCUCCUUGCCUCUGCUUGGCUCUUCUGUGGCCCCCAGUGAUGAGUUUCCAUUCAUGUUCACAGUCUAUGCUGUUAAUGGAGAGCUCUUUAAGCUUAGAGCUUGUGACGCAUUUGAGCGGCAGCAGUGGAUGACCCAGCUUCAGCUCUGUGCCCGUCGCCAUUCAGAGGGCAGCGCCAAGGGCUGCUCUUUAUCCUCGGCCUCCUCCUCCUCUACGGGCAGCCGGACCCGCAGCUGCUCCCUCCUCCCUCAUCCCGUUCCAUCUAGCUCCUCCACUGCCACCCAGAGGCAGAACCUCCCGCAUGGCCACGGGACCCCGAGCUCCAUCAUCACCAUCACCCACCACAAAUCACCCACGAGUGGGCACCGGGCCUGCAGCCACAAUCCUGCCCGCCUGCACCACGUCAAAGAGGUCAUGUCUCAGGCUGAGGGCCAGCAGAAGAACCUCCUGCACUCCAUUGAGUCGCUUCCAAGCCGUGGGCCUCUUUCCUCACUCGAUCCAGACCUGCUGCUGCUCAAGGCUACGUCUGCGGCCACGCUAAGCUGUCUAGGAGAGUGCCUAAGCAUCCUUCAGCAUAAUGUCACCCAGGCAGCCCGCAACAUAACCACACACACACCAGGACUGAACACAGACUGCAAUUCAGGCUGGUCAGGGCCCAAACCUACAACAGAUGAGCCAGUGGAAAAUGGAUCAGUGAUGGGCCUUUCCACCUCUACCACUAACAAAACAUCCCCAUCUCCAGCACACAGGAGCAAGGAAGUGCACAAACAUUCUGAGCAGCACUCCAGUGCAAACACAUUGGACCCCAGUGAAGAAAGAACAGACACUGAGGACAAUGAGGAAGAGGACCUGGGUGUGUUGGAUGACCAGAGGAGUAUCAUCCUCCACCUGCUCUCCCAGCUUAAACUAGGCAUGGACCUCACACGGGUAGUACUGCCUACCUUUAUCCUUGAGAAGCGCUCUCUGCUGGAGAUGUAUGCUAACUUCAUGGCCCAUCCUGAUAUGUUCCUGGCCAUCACAGCUGGAGCAACGCCAGAAGAGCGCAUUGUGCGAUUCGUGGAAUAUUACCUAACUGCCUUUCAUGAAGGACGCAAAGGUGCUGUGGCCAAAAAGCCCUAUAACCCUAUACUCGGAGAGAGCUUUCUGUGCAGCUGGGACGUCCCCCGUGAAAAAGUACGGCCUCUUAGGACCAACACUUCUGUCACGGUGCCUUCGUCCACACCCCCAAGCUCAGCCAAUCCUGCUCACUGCUACCGGCUGCACUUUGUGGCUGAGCAGGUCUCACACCACCCACCGGUCUCAGGGUUCUACUGCGAGUGCAAGGAGCGUGGAAUGUGUGUCAACGCCCACGUCUGGACCAAGAGCAAGUUCAUGGGCAUGUCUGUGGGUGUGUCCAUGGUCGGAGAGGGAGUAUUGCACCUUUUGGAGCACGAAGAACAGUAUGUGUUCACAUUGCCCUGUGCCUAUGCCCGCUCCAUCCUGACUGUGCCAUGGGUGGAACUUGGAGGAAAAGUGUCUAUCUGCUGUGCCAAGACCGGCUACUCUGCCACCGUAACAUUUCACACCAAACCCUUCUAUGGUGGAAAAGUGCACAGGGUGACGGCUGAAGUCAAGCACAAUCCCACCAGCACCAUCGUGUGUAAGGCUCAAGGCGAGUGGAAUGGUACCCUGGAGUUCACAUAUAGUAGUGGAGAAACUAAAGUGAUUGACACAUCGAGACUGCCAGUCAUUAAGAAGAGGAUCCGCCCACUGGAAAAGCAGGGCCAGUAUGAGUCCCGGCGGUUGUGGCAGCACGUGACCGCAGCACUCAAGGCCGGAGACAUCGACACAGCCACGGAGCACAAACACCAGCUAGAGGAGCGACAGCGCAGUGAGGAGAAGCAGCGAGCAGCCACCAACACCGCCUGGAAACCCAAGUACUUCAUCAAAGAGGGAGAAGGCUGGGUCUAUCACAAUCCUCUGUGGAAGACUAACUGUUGAGGAGAGGAACUGUCAUGAGCUAGCUGUCCGUCACAGAGCCCAGCCCACAGAUGGGUGGGGCCACACAGAGAGAGUGCUGGCCAGCUAAUGGAACCAGAGGAACUGGAAUUCACAGGAGCAGGAACGAGCCUGAUCCGAAAGAUAAUUUCCUCUGAGCGAUAAAGGUGCCAAAAAAAAAGAAGAAGAAAAAAUAUAUAUAUUCCAACCCCCAAAUCAGAACAACCCACUGAAGCAGCUCCCCAAAGAGCCGUGUCUCUGAUUCGGAGAUGGACACGCUCUGGAAAAUUAUUCUUUCCACCCUGUGACUGGAGACGUUGAGGUGAAACAGUGGAAAGGCGACGGAAUUCAAAUCCGAUUCAAAUUUCUUAAUCUUCCUGAAAGAUCAGCACUCACGCACAGUUUUCUUAAACGGAACACUAGUAAAUAACGAUAUCUGUCCUGAAAAUGUCAGUCCCGAUCAACCACUUCACAUCAGAUCGUGGAGUAAAAUGGAGCGAAGUGCUAUUUUUAGACCCACGACUGCAUAUUAAAGUGAAUAUACAGGCUUGUGUGCAAUCACUGAGUAUAGCAUUAAUGUCUGACUUAAGUAGUCGUGAAUGUGACUAUUAGAUCUCUGUGCAUAUUCUGGUUACAAAGUCUGUUAUAAGGCAGGAUGAAUCUUUUAGCUCUUGAAGUAGCUGCUCAUAACAUUCCAGUACAAGGUCUAAAUAAACAAAGUUUAUUAAUCUUAAGAUUGCAUUCUCUGUAAACAAGACGUUCAGUGUACAGUACAUUCAUUCAAGGACACUUACGUGAUACAUCUGUCCAUCUGCAGGAAAAUGACUACGGCUCUACCUGAAUACACCUGACACUCAAACGUAUGAUAAUUGAAGGAAGUUUGUCUUGAUGGCGUCUUAAGAAUAAUCACAGUCUAAAUCAAGUUUUAAAUUCUUCCUUAGUGUAGCAGCUUGCAUAUAUUUUUUUUUAUAAAGAAACAAAAAAUAUAUGUUUUGUUGAAAUAUAUAAAAUAUGAUUUGUUGUUCAGCUUACUUCCAAAUUAUUAUUAUUAGUUUAUAAAUAUGUAAGAUUUUGUACAUGCUUUUAAGACAGACUGCUUAAGGUAUUUAGAUACAAGCUACACUUUGUAUGUUGUAUGCUACAGCAAACACACUGCUUUUUUUCUUUUUCUUUAUCACUUCCAGCCGAAUGUGUAUAAGGACAAUUUGGUAUAGUUUAGAAUCCCAAACUAAACCUUUAAUGAGCUUCUCUUAGAAACUCAUGAUCACUGAUAUUCUCUGUAUACUUUGUAACAGAUGUUUAGAAAGUUGACUUGGGAUGAACCUGAUUCUCUUACAGGCCUUAUUGGAAUGCAGAAUUUUUGCACGUUUGUUAAAGAAAAAUAGUGUAAAGUUUGGGGCAAAUAAUGUAGAUCUGUAAAAACGUUGUUCAGUGCUCCAUGUUUGUGUGAAGAGUCUUAGGCGGAGUGAUGUACAGCAUCGUAAUGUAUUCAGAGCUUAGACCAAACACUUUGUGCACCAAUGUAGAAACUAUGCAACAUGUUCAUUUCACCAUCUACAGGCAGGGAGAUAACGAUACCUUCCAUCGUACAGUAUAAUGUGUGUUAAAAUAAACAUUUGUGCUUAAAGA